UUUAAAUCUUAGAUCACUGCAGGCUCUCAUGCAACAUCACUCGCUCUCAGUUUAAUCUUUCCCUCGUUUAUUUCAAUUUAAGCAUUUUUCCUUUUGACCUUUCUUCAUGUCAUUUUCCAUUCUCAUCGAGGCUCUCUGUCCUCAUCGAAGAGCCAAUUUGGACAUGAAACGCUGUAAUUUCCUUGCUUUAAUAAAGUCAUUUCAAUGGGAGCAGAUGAAAGUACUGGCAGCCUUAAAGAGAUGCAACUUAGUUACAGUUUUUUGGAUUCAUCACAUCAACAAGACAGAUGCGCUUUCACGAGAGACCUUUUGACUUUUUACAAAGCUUAGUUCGAUGCUGUUUGUCCUGCUGUUGGAUUUGUACUAGUAUUACCAGCUGAAACUAUUAUUUACUUGAUAUACAUGUAACAACUUUGAUAGUUGAAUUCACUGGUUCAGAAGUAAGGAUUUGCUGUUUUUAGUCUUCUAUGAUAGUAAAAGGUAUAUCUUUGGACUAUUGGGUGGAAAAUCAUGCCAUUUGAAGGCAUUGCCUCGGGCUGCGGGAAAUAGUGAAUAGUAAUUUUAGGAACUGAUAAGUAGAUUAAUUUGUUGUGAACAUAAUCUUUAACUGUGGUCCCGAUGAGAGCUAGACCAAAAGAUAUGCCAGGAUCCAUAUAUCAGCCAAUAUUUGGUAAUUACAGAUAUAUCAUUACUAGUGUAUAUGUUGAUCAAUGAUUAAUAACAAAAUGUAGUCCAGAAAUGUCCUGAUCAUAAACGAGUGUGUCUAUUAUUUAGAGCAUCAUUUUUAUUAAUGUAAAAUGUCUUUAAAACAGUGUUGACAAGUUAUGAUUAGCUGUGAGUUGUUGCAUCCCUCUUUUUUUCUGUCCCUCCUCACUCAUCUUCUUUGUCUGGUCUACUUGGCCGGGUACACAAAAUACACAAAUUAAUUCCCUGUUCUCUAAAGCCAUGUUCUGGGAAUUCCUCGAGCCUCCAUUCCCCCGUCGGCACCAUCGUGCCUCCCCAUCUCCCCUGUUUAUUUGAAGCCUGUCGGCGGGUCUCAUUUACACUCUCGGGCGGUCAACAUAAAGUGGAAAGUGAUGUGUGCAGAAUGAGCGUGGCAGGCUGCCUGUGUUUCCUCUGUGCCCCGGUUUGUUUACAACCCGUCAUUACAGUGAAGCACCGAGGGCUCCUUACCGAAUGCUUCACACUCGACCCGACGCAUUAAACACACAAUUUAUAUUAAUAAAUAUGUCACUCGGCCUGAAAUGAGCCUGGCUGUAACGGUUAAUUUUGGUCUUUGUAGUGAAGAGCAUAACAACAUUUAUGUAGACAAUAUACGGUACGGCACUCUGUUAAAUCAAGAACACUAGCACAGUGCCCUUAAAAACACACGCGGUCAGAUACUCGACCUGGAGUGUUUCUGCUUAUACAAUCAACAACAGUGCUUAAAAAAUAUGCAACUCAGCUGUAUAGUUAUUAAAUCAGUCAUGUUGAUGUGUGCUCAAUUGGUUUCACAAAUCUUUUCAUUUAUUUAUCACCAAAUUCUUUAUAUCAUGCAUUACUUCAUUUCUUCUAAAUAGUUUCCUUUUCAUUGCUUUACUUUAGUUUUUUGCUCUAUUGAGUAUAUUCUUUUAUUGACAACUUUAUUGUGUCCCUAGCACUAAAAUGUCCGCUGUAGUUUUUUCAUUUAUCACCACAAAGCUUAUCCGAGGAAAUCCGCAUCAUCUUAAUAAUGAAAUUAUCUUUUUUUUUAAGGAGCCUUCUGUGGGACAAUUUUCCAGCGGCAGCACACUGGGGGUAGAAGUGUGCAAAGUCCACAGGCGGUUUUCUGGCAACCUGCAGCUGCCUCCAUUGUCAUGGCGACAGGUGGAAAGAGAUAGGGACAGGGUGAGGUCGCUCACACCUGAAGAAGACCCAGUGCCCUGGACCAGACCCUCCAGUCUGCCCAUCUCGACUCUGCCGCGCAUCGACAUCACACAGGCCGACCCCGACAGCUUUGAAGGAGAACAUGGUCCAUCGGUGUGCUGUAGCCCUUCAGACCUGCAGGCAUCCCCGGGUUCAGGUCUGGUUCUGCAUCCUAACCUGGCGGCCCACGGCCAGCGUCGGGAGUCCUUCCUGUACCGCUCUGACAGCGACUACGAUCAAUCGCCAAAGUCCCUGUCUCGAAACUCUUCCAUUGUGGGAGAACUGCAUGGAGAGGACUUGAUUGUGACUCCAUUUGCUCAGGUUCUGGCAAGCCUUCGGACUGUCAGGAACAAUUUCACCACCUUGACGAAUGUACAGUGUGCAUCCAAGAAAAGGUCUCCUGCGAAUCAACCUUCUCUCACCAAAGUCUGUCUGUCAGAUGAGUCCUACCAGAAGCUGGCGAUAGAGACCAUGGAGGAGCUGGACUGGUGUCUGGACCAGCUGGAGACCAUCCAAACCUACCGCUCUGUCAGUGACAUGGCCUCUAACAAGUUCAAGAGGAUGCUGAACCGGGAGCUGAGCCACCUGUCUGAGAUGAGUCGCUCAGGCAACCAAGUUUCAGAGUACAUCUCCAACACCUUCCUCGACAAUGAGUUGGAGCUUCCUUGCCCAGUUCCUAAGUCCAGGGAAAGGAAGAGGAGACAGGGCCAAAAGCAGCAGCAGCAGCAACAGCAGCAGCAGCAGCAGGAUGGGACGAUGACUCAUAUCAGUGGGGUGAGGAAGGUCAGCCACACACCCAGCAUCUCUGGAAACACCAGCAAUCGUUUUGGAGUCAAGACAGACCAGGAGGAACUGCUGUCAAAGGACCUGGAGGACAUCAACAAAUGGGGUCUAAAUAUCUUCAAAGUGACCGAGCACUCCCACAACCGACCGCUCACAUGCAUCAUGUACUCCAUCUUUCAGGAGCGAGACCUGAUGAGGACGUUCAAGAUUCCAACGGACACCUUUGUGACGUUCAUGCUGACCCUGGAGGACCACUAUCACUCCGACAUGGCUUACCACAACAGUCUGCACGCCGCUGACGUGGCCCAGUCCACACACAUCCUCCUGUCAACGCCUGCACUGGAUGCGGUCUUCACAGAUUUGGAGAUCUUGGCAGCCAUCUUUGCUGCAGCCAUUCACGACGUGGACCACCCAGGAGUGUCAAACCAGUUCCUCAUCAACACCAACUCCGAGCUAGCUCUCAUGUACAACGAUGAGUCGGUGCUGGAGAACCACCACCUGGCUGUGGGUUUCAAACUGCUGCUGGAGGACAACUGCGACAUCUUCCAAAACCUCACCAAGAAACAGAGGCAAUCCCUCCGGAGGAUGGUCAUCGACAUGGUGCUGGCAACUGACAUGUCUAAACACAUGAGCCUGCUGGCUAAUCUGAAGACGAUGGUGGAAACCAAGAAAGUGACCAGCUCUGGAGUUCUGCUGCUGGACAACUACACAGACAGGAUGCAGGUUUUGCGUAACAUGAUUCACUGUGCGGACCUGAGCAACCCGACCAAGCCUCUGGGUCUAUACCGGCAGUGGACAGACAGGAUCAUGGAUGAGUUUUUCCACCAAGGAGACAGGGAGAGAGAAAGGGGAAUGGAGAUCAGUCCGAUGUGCGACAAACACACAGCUUCGGUGGAGAGAACACAGGUUGGCUUCAUCGAUUAUAUCGUCCACCCGCUGUGGGAGACGUGGGCCGACCUGGUCCACCCCGACGCCCAGGAUAUCCUGGACACACUGGAGGACAACAGGAACUGGUACCAGAGCAUGAUCCCCCAGAGUCCCUCCCCUCCGUUCUACACCAGUGACGGGGAGGGCGGCCCACUUGAGGAGGUGGAGGGGGCACCUGUGGCGAGUAAAUUUCAGUUUGAGCUGACGCUGGAUGACCAGGAUGGACAGUGUGGAGACGAGAAGAGCGCAAUGAUGGAGAUGACUGACGGUGUGGUACUCCAACCACAGGCCUCUGAUCAGGACGGGGUUAAAAUGACAACGUGUGACGUCUCACCUGCAGAAACAUAGCUGGACUGACAAGUUUAGCUGUUUACUCUGAAUUCAUUUAAUUGCAGUCGAGCAAUCCUGCAAUAUCGCUCUCUGGAGCUGCCUUGCAAAUAGGGCCUGACUGAAUGUUGGGCACCCGUGCAAACGGGGCUUGGAAACCCUGUGGCAGUUUGUUUUGAGCCCCCUUGAAGGGAGCCGGAAGAGGUGUGUUCUUUAAAGAAGGGACUACUGUCAGACGGCAGAGGCAUGUCUGAAUCCCUCAGACACAAAAGGUGGACGAUAUGUGUCCGUGUACUGGGACCAGUAACAAUUCCAGACUUGCACUUCAGGAAGUUUUUUUAUGUUAAUUUUUAUUAUUUUAUUGUGUCGGGAUGGGAUGUCACUUGGUAAAAUGUCCAACCAAAAAACAACUGGUCAGCAAGUUAUUUGUACCCAAGUAGUUUUUUUCUGCACAAGAUUGUGUGCAUUUUUUUCUUUUUGUUUACGUUUCUUUUUGAAAGUGUUUUUAUAAUUUAUUGAAGACAUUCAUGUAGCUGUAAAACGUGUCAACUUUUCUACAAUAAGGACGCAGUUCUCUCACACAGUCUUCCUCAUGUUCUGGCAAUAGUAUAAGCUUGUUCAGUGGAUGUAUUUCUAAAAUCAGACAACUUCCCAGCACAAUUUGCACUUUGUGGCAUAGGACAAAGAGACAGUGGAAAGCAUCAGUACAUUAAUGUAAACAUGUAAAACAUGUUUGCUUUUCGCCAACAAGUCAUUUCACAGGUCAUUUAAUAACGUGUGGAUCACAUUCUUUGGAAAUGGAAGAACAUUUAGUUUUUUUGAGUCCAAAAAUGUCUAAAGAAAAACAAAACCAACUCCAAAGACCCUGUAAAGAAAGCACUUUGAUGAUUUGACCUCUGUACAGUGCGAGCCAAUGCUUGAAGAGACAGGAGUGAAACAAAUCAAACUUCUGACAAGAAGGGAAAUUGAUCCCAGACGUUGUCAUGGAGCUCGACGAAGAGUUCGGGCAAAUGAAAGCAAUUAUUUCAUCAAUUUCACCAAAAAUAUCUUCCAUAAAAGUUAGACAUUUCUGUUUGACAUUUGUUUCUACCUUGUAAUCCUCCUGUUUCGUCACACACACACACACACACACCUGUUGUGGUUAACAGCAUUCUUAUGAAUAGGCUUCACGCCGUGACUCUGAAUGACUGUAAGACUGUGUACACAUUUAAAAAGACACCUAUUAGUGAUAGAAUAAUUGUAUCUUGUAGUUUUUAUUCCAGCACUUUGAAUAUGUGGACAGCUUGCAGCUGGUUGCUGAUCUGUCCAACACUACCUUAAAGGUACAACCUUCAGAAUAAGGGUGGGGGGUGCCAAGGGUGGGGGGUGCCAACAUCGUGUCAUGACACGACACCUCUGGUGUGACUGUGUGUGUGUUUGUGUGUGUGCGUGUGUGCGUGUAUGUAAACAGAGUUGCACAAUCUUGUUGCACCCAGCUGAGUUGUUCAGACUUCAGCUGUUUGUAACACUGUAUUUAUUAUUCUCCUUGUAUAUGAUAAUAUUGAAAUUGAUUGUUAAUAUUUCUUGUAUAUCUGUUAUUAUUUAUAUGCACUACCACGUAUCAAAUCACAGUUUUACUGAACUUGUCUGGUGGUUCUGUUUCAUGAUAUUUAGAAAGCUGUUUUGCAAUAUGACCGUAACAUGAAGUUAUGCAACUCAAUUUUGACAAUUUGAGAUGUUUGUUUUGAAGUUCCAGCUAGAAAAUGUUGGACAGUCCAAACCAACCACAGCUCAUGUGGUGCAGAAAAACUCUGGCAUUUGUUUUUGUAUUUUGUUCCUGGUGGAUUAUGAAGGCUGGAUGUUUACUGCAGUAUGUUCUGUAUGGUGACUGGUCAUUGUACAGCUAUUUGGAAUAUUUGCUGAAAUAUAUUGCAUUGUUUCAAAUCUAUUUUUUCAGUGUUUUUCCUCACAAUAUAUGGUAACAUUAUAUAUGUUGUGCUCAACCAAUGUUUUCUAUCAGAUUAUUAAAAUGACCGUGUAUUACAGAA